CGUCGUUCUGAGACUCAGUGUGAACCUCGAGCCAGUCCUUCACCUCCAUGACAAGCGCCGUCGCGUUCGCCGUCGACGUGCUGGUAUCCGAGGACGCCCUGCAGCUCCAUCUCCGACUCGAGAGCAAACGUGCGGCAGACACUUCUAAUGACAAUUGGCAACAUGUUAGAGACGAAUUUGUCACUUUAAAAGACGUCAACAUCGUCUCGCAGCUCAGUAGAGUGCAAUAUGCAUAUCGCCUAUCACUCCGACCAACUUCAAAUUCCCAACAAGCUGCCGCUUUUCCAUUCUACUUAGAAGCUCCGGUACUACCGUCUAGCCCCAGUUUCAGUGACGAAGGGGACAUGUGUCCACCUGAUAUUGGGACUUUUAGCGUUGCUGCAGACCAACUCCAAUGUCCCGUCGAAGAACAAGUUUUAGACUCGACUAGCGCGAGCCAAUUAGCUGCAAUGUUUGGAGGAACACUAGCAGCAGCACUUUUGGUUUAUUCACUACUGCCGUAUGUGCGUUCGAGAAACAGGACGAGACAACACAGUCGGUCGCGUACUCAAUCACAGACGAGCGAGGACCGACUGAGCUGGAGCAGUGACCAGCAUGAAGUGACGACUCCCACGACUCCUAAUGGAGCUAGCCGACGGAUGUGGGGGAGUUUGGGAAACGAUGGGAUUGAACCAGCGGGAGCUUAUCGAGCUGAAGUGCGAGAGACAAAGCGACAAACGGGGGCCAAUGGAAGCGCCGUUUCGGGGUCUGGAUCGGAGCUUUUGCUUGCUCAACUCCCCGAUUUUAAUGAUGAACGAGGUUGGCGUGACUUUUUCGACUCGCAGAUUUAUCACAAUGAGGCUCAAGAAGAGCAGCGUACUACUCCAAUUCCCACCACGCCGAGAAUCGCAAGAUACCGGUCAAUCAGAGACAGGAUCGACCGCGCAGCGAUGGAAGCUGCCAUGGAUGAAGCACAGACUUUCAACGAAUUCUGGCAGAUGUGA